AUGGGCAAGCAGCAGCGUGGGCGCGGACGUGGACGCGGACGCGGUGGAGGACAUGCUCCCCGUAGAGGCUUCCGUGUGGACCGAUACCAACUAGAUGACCCGCAAGAACGCAUCGAGGCAGAGGCGCAGCCGCUAGCGAGCAGCGACGAGGACACCCAAGAGGCGACGAGCGAAGAAGAAUGCAGCAGUGAAGAGGACAGCGACGACGCGUCCGACGAUGGGCCGUCGACCGACGAGGUGCUCGGAUCUGCCGACGACCUCACCGCGCCUGUGCCGGUGGCGAUGUGGGACUUUCAGCACUGCGACCCCCGGCGCUGCAGCGGCAAAAAACUCUCGCGCCACGGCCUUAUUAAGGAACUACGCGUCGGCCAGCGUUUCCGCGGCAUUGUACUUACACCGCGCGCGACACAGGUCCUUUCGCCUGCUGAUGCCUCGAUCGUACACGAGUACGGCGUCGCGGUCGUCGAGUGCAGCUGGGCGCGUCUCGACGAGAUCCCCUUUGGCAAGAUCAAGAGUCCUCAUGAGCGCCUCUUGCCGCGGCUCAUGGCGACGAACCCUGUAAACUAUGGCAAGCCCUUUAAGCUGAACUGCGUCGAGGCGCUUGCCGCUGCCUUUUAUAUCUGCUCUGCGCGCCCCCUUGGCGACGAGCUCCUCUCAAAAUUCGCGUGGGGCGAAAACUUUCCCAAGCUCAACCUGCACUACCUGGCCAAGUACCGCACGUGUCACGACGCGGCGGAGGUCACGGCCGCCGCCGAGGCGUUUGCGCACGCCGUCGAGGCCGAGCGUCUCGAGCGCCAGAUGGAGAAGACGAGUUUGGGUGGCUACGGUGCAAUUGCACUGCCCUCGGACGACGACUCGGACGAGUAG